CAGCUUGUGGAGGACACCCUUCCCAGGUAGCCCGCACAGUGCCUCCCCCCCAGGCCUUCAGCAGCCCAAGCCCUGCGGUAGAGAGGCAGUCAGGGACAAGACUUGCCUUCCCCAAUGAGGGUGACCUCCCACUGCCCCCCUGGAGCAUGGAACCCUGUACCCAGGCCCUUUGUCCUCAUCCCUGUUCCUAUCCCUCUGCUCCACCCCAGAGGCCCCCACCUCACCCCAUUGUGAGCUCAGGGCAAGGGCUGCCCACCGCAUCGACAGGGAGGCAAAGCGAGGUACGUACGAGCGGGCACCCCAGGUCUGGUCCUGGCCCAGCCAUCCUCCAGGGAGGGAAUUGCCAGGGCUGGGAGUGUGUAUGGGAGUGGGGCUGGGUGUGCACGCGUGUGCCAAAGCUCCUGGCCUCGGGGCAGUAUGCCUGUCACGCCAGGGUCCUUCUUGUGUGCCUAUGCCUGCUCGCUGCCAGUGGGGCUGCCAAGGGUCCCCACAUCUUCUAGAGCAGCUGCAGUAGCCAUGCUCUGCUCCCUGCCCUGGGUAAAGAUGCCAUCCUGGGAGCCAGGGGCCAUGGGACACGCUGGCCCUCAGGUUUGGGAGCAGGGCCCUGCCGCCACCCCCUAACGCUGCUGGUGACCCCAUAGCAGCCUCCCAGAGUGACGCUCAGAUGCAUCAGUCACAAGGCCCUCCCUGUUUAAGGGCUGGAGCCAGGCAGGAGGGAGGAAAAUGCCACCAUAAUUGCAUUCCUCCUAAUUAUCCUCAGCAGGUGCUCGCUGAGUCAUGGCCGGCUGGUGCUAGAGUACUUCAAGGCUGCCCUGGGUGGAUCAGCUGUCUGGGUGGGUGUCCCGGUGUCCCCACGGAGCCAUGAGGGCUGGGUACCCCUGUGCCCACACUGCCGUACCCCAUGACCACCUUUGCUGCAGGUUUAGGAGACUUUUCUCCCUGUGGCUUGCCCCAAGGGGGGUGAAACCCAGACUACCUCCUCACCUUGAUGGUCUGCUCCAGACCUUACUGGCAGCCACGGGCACCCCCUUUUUCUGCCUCCCUGACCCACACACAAAGUUGUGUCCCGCUCCACUCCCUCUCUUAACCUUCUGUCCACCCUUUCACUCCUGGACCUCCAUCUCCCUCCCCAAGUCUACCAUCCCACCACACUUACCCUCAGUCCUUCGACAUUCCCACAGCCCCAUCUGCCUCUGCAGCCUCCCCUCCCAGCACCCCCUUGCUGUGGGCCACCAGUCCCCUUGGGUUUGCGUCCCCUUUAAGCCUUCUCGAGGCUGGAAUGCGAGAGGAGCAUUUCAGCGCCCUGUGAGGUCAGAUAAAGACACUAUAUUUAUCUAGCCGGUAACCUGAGCCGUGAAUUUCUGCGGUGGCGUUUUUACACGGCCCCACAGCCCUCCAGCUCGGCCCUCUCCAGCCAUUGCGUCCACUCCCUGCAUGGUGGAUGGUCUGGGCUGCGGGGUGGCCUGUCCCCUGAAAAGAGCUCGGGUGCUGCUGGCCCCUCCGCAUCGCUCACUCUCCUCCAGCCCCAGGGGAAGCACCCCAAGGAGGCAGGAUCAGCUCCCCGCGCUCAGUCCCGCGGGCACCUCCAUGACCAGCUGCUCGCCCACCGCCGUGCCGGCCUCGUGCCCCUGACCAGUCACCAGCCGCCCAUCCUGCUGAUCUGCAUGCAGUCAAUGCCUCCAAGAGAGCCCACUGAUCCCCAGCCUCCAGCAUGUCCCAGCUCUCCUCCACCCUGAAGCGGUACGUUGACUCAUCCCGCUAUGCCGAGACCACCUACGGCAAGGUGCCCAGUGGCUACAGCUCCUACACCUCCUAUGGAUCCACCUUGGCCACAUCCUAUGCAGACAGUGACAAAAUCGGCUUCAAAUCAAGCUACCUGGCCUCCCCCCGGUACCACCACGCAGGGCUGUCCCCAACCAGUGGCUAUGACAGCAGCCGGCUGCCCCUGUACCCUGACUCCAGCAUCCGCCUGAGCCCCACGUACAUCCGCACCCAACCCCGGCCACCCGGCGGUGGGCUGACUGGGGGUGCAUGCUACACCUUCACAGGGCCCCCCAGUAGCCCCCCGGGCUACCUGCCCGCCACAGCACCUCUCAGCCGUCACAAAUCCAUCAGUCACUCGGACCUGGCACGGGAGUUUUCAGGGCUGCACGCCUCGGACAGCGCCUACGCACCCACCCCUGGCCCUCUCAGCACUCGAGGCUGCCAGGAGCUCAGCGCCCUGCAGGGUCUCUACCAGGCUGCUGCACGCUCCGACUACGUCCGUGGCUACCUGGAGAGCUAUGGGAGGAAAAGCAGCCACGGCAGUUUCCCUGUGGGCCCUCUCAGCCCCUCACAGGCUGCCCUCAGCUCUGCCUUGCCGCCCCCUGGCACCCGCUGCAUCAACCAGCCUUGCAACAGGAAUGAUGGCUACCGCGACAUGCCCACCCGGGACCCCACGAGCUCCAAGGCAGUGCAGGGACUGACCGGCCUGCGAAAUCUUGGCAAUACGUGCUUCAUGAACUCCAUCCUGCAGUGCCUGAGCAACACCAAGGAGCUGCGGGAUUACUGCCUGCAGAACCACUACCUGCGAGACCUCAACAACAACAGCCGCAUGCGUACUGCGCUCAUGUCAGAGUUUGCAAAGCUGAUUCAGCUGCUCUGGACCUCAUCCCCCAAUGAGAGUGUGAGCCCCUCUGAGUUCAAGACGCAGAUCCAGAGAUAUGCCCCCCGCUUUGUCGGCUACAACCAGCAGGACGCACAGGAGUUCCUGCGGUUCCUCCUUGAUGGGCUGCACAGCGAGGUGAACCGUGUGCUGGUGCGGCCACGGGCCAGCACAGACACCCUGGACCACCUCCCUGAUGAUGAGAAGAGCCGCCAGAUGUGGAGGAGGUACCAGGAGAGGGAGGACAGCCGCAUUAGUGACCUCUUUGUUGGGCAGCUGAAGAGUUCACUGACCUGCAGCGAGUGUGGCUACUGCUCCACAGCCUUUGACCCUUUCUGGGACCUGUCCCUGCCCAUUCCCAAGAAAGGCUACGGGGAGGUGACCCUUAUGGACUGCCUACGACUCUUCACCAAAGAGGAUGUGCUGGAUGGGGAUGAGAAACCGACAUGUUGUCGCUGCAAAGCCAGGACAAGGUGCACAAAAAAAUUCAGCAUCCAGAAGUUCCCUAAGAUCCUGGUGCUUCACCUGAAGCGCUUCUCAGAGGCCAGGAUACGAACGAGCAAGCUCACCACCUUUGUCAACUUCCAGCUGAAGGACCUGGACCUCCGGGAGUUUGCCUCGCAGAGCUGCAAUCACACCAUUUACAACCUCUACGCUGUCUCCAACCACUCGGGCACCACCAUGGGGGGACACUACACUGCCUACUGCAAGAGUCCUAUCUCCAGCGAGUGGCACAGUUUCAACGACUCCCGUGUUACCCCGAUGUCAUCCAGCCACGUCCGCAGCAGCGAUGCCUACCUUCUCUUCUAUGAGCUGGCCAGCCCAUCCUCCCGCAUGUAGCUAGCCCUGCCUCCCUGGGGACUCCCUGCGCCACCCCUCAGAGCCAGCCCCUCCAGGUUUCGGCCAUUUGCCCCCCAGGUGGAAGAGGGAGGUGAAGAGGAGAGAGCUCAGCAGCGGGAGGCUGGAGGCAGCCAGGAGCAGACCUCAGGCAAGGACACCCCAGCUCUGAACUGAGGAGGGCAGUCCGCAGCAGGGCAGGGCCCAGGCAGCUCAGGCACCUCCUGGUCGCUGGCAUUUGGUUUUCACAGUGGGGUACGUUUUAGUUGCGCUUUUUUUUUUUUUUUUUUUUUUUUGUUGGUGUGUAAUAAAAAUACUGAGCAAGGGACUCUGGGGGCAUAGGGCUGCCAGCCCCAUUGACUCAGCCAGGACCUCUGCUCCCCUGGGGGAGCACCCAGAGAUGAGGACCCAGGAAAGCCUUGCACAUCCCUCCUGGUCUCUUGGCAUUCCCAUUCUGCUUGGCUGUCCCAGAGGAUUCAUGAACUGCUCUGGCCUCCUCCUAGCACUUCUGAACCUCCUGGCAAAGGACCCCAGCUCUUCAGUUACCUCCGUCCCAUCUCAGGCAGCGCAUCCCCACCAGCUGCCCCAUGCACACUCCUCAAAGCAGCCUGAGUUCAGUUCCAGACUCACGGACAGGAGAGAGGAAAACAUUUUGUGAAAUGUAUAUGUAUUUAUAGUGGACUUCACUUAACCUGGAGCAUCCCCGCGCUUCCUGGCUCUCCAGGGACUUGUGCCAGGGGAUGCUUUGGGUAGGUUUUUACCUGCCUCCUCAUACGACGGUGCCUUAAACCAUUUAGGGGAGCGGGAGGCCACUGGGGUUGCACAGGAAUGUCCAUCCUGCGGAGGAGAGGAAGGGGAGGACAGUGGCUUUUUGGGACCAUCUGCAGUUGGGGCUUUCUUCUCCCUGUGAUCAGGAGCCCCCGUGGGUGCCCAGGGAUGCAUGUCCCCACCUGCCCUGCUGCUCUGUCCUCCAGCUAGCAAACGCCAGUGGCCUUUUUAGCCUUUUCUCUAAUUUAUUCUCUUCCCCAUCCUGCCUUGUCUGAGGCGCAGUGGGAGGAGAGAUGGGCCCGACUGAGCACAACCCCAGCCCCAGCCCACAAGGCAGCUACAUCCAACCCAGCAACCCGUCCUGCUUCGCCCUUGCUGGCCCUGCGGGCACAGGCUCAGCACUCUUGUGCCAUGAGCAUCCUGCCCAGCCCAGGGCAUCCCAGCAGGGCUUGGGGGAGGGCAGGCCAGGAUGGAGGAGCUGCCCACCGCAGGUACCGAACUGGGGCAGCGUUGCUGCUUGGCAGGUGGCUUGUUUACUGUGUAAGCAAGAUGGACGGGAAGUGUCUCGUACAAGGGAGACUCAUGCAGGAAUAAAUUUUAGCUUGAACGGAA